AACAAAAUGGAUUUUGGUGAAUUAAAGAACGACACAGCCUUUGUGUCUAAAGUGGAAGCUUCAUCAAAAGCCAUUGAUAAUAUAAGAAAGAUGAUCGAGCAAGCAAUUGAGAUGAAUACAGAGGAAAUGAGUCUUGAAGAUAAAGUCAAGUUUGAUAUCUUUCUAGCCUAUUCAGUAAACUCGCUGUAUUUUAUGUAUCUCAAAGUUGAUGGACAGGAUGUUACCACACAUGAAAUUAGGCAUGAAUUGAGUAGAAUAAAGGAAGUAAUGCAGAAGAAUCAACAAGUUUUAGACAAGAAAUUACGACCAACAGUUGCUGUUGAUGCUGCAAAGAGAUUAGUUAAAGGUGGACUAUAUGACUUUAAGAAAAAGAAUGAGGAGUUCAAGCAGAGAUAUCAAAAUAAGCACCACCAUCAACAAUCAAGGUCUGGAAAGAUUAAUAUCAAUUAUAAUCCAAAUACAGCAGUGAAUCGAAAGAGGAAAUUUGAGGAUGAUUAA